GUGCCCAUUACGCUCGGCGUCUUCCUCAACUCCUACUACGACGUGAAGUUCAGCGUCCUGGGGAUGGCAUUCGCCACCUUGGGAGUCCUGGUGACCUCCCUCUACCAAGUGUGGGUAGGAGCUAAGCAGCACGAGUUGCAGGUAAACUCUAUGCAGCUGCUGUACUAUCAGGCACCAAUGUCCUUGGCUAUGUUGCUGUUCAUCAUACCCUUCUUUGAGCCAGUCUUUGGAGAAGGGGGAAUAUUUGGGCCCUGGACACUUUCUGCUGUGAUAAUGGUACUGCUGUCUGGAAUAAUAGCCUUCAUGGUAAACUUGUCCAUUUACUGGAUCAUUGGAAAUACGUCACCUGUCACGUAUAACAUGUUUGGACAUUUCAAGUUCUGCAUCACCCUCCUGGGAGGGUGCCUCUUAUUUAAGGAUCCACUCUCUGUUAAUCAAGGCCUCGGGAUUGUGUGCACAUUGUUGGGCAUUUUAGCUUACACUCACUUCAAGCUUAGCGAGCAGGAGAGCAAUAAGAGUAAAUUGGUUCAGCGUCCAUAAGGCGAAGGUUUGUGGAGAUUGAUAAUAUUGCAAAGGGAAACAAGUAUUGAAGUGUGCAUUGAUUCUAG